AUGAAUAAGGAAGUGUGUAAACGGUUCAAAAAUGUAUGGGAGGAUUUUCCCGAUACAUUGAGUAAUGAAGGCUAUAAAUUUAAAAAUGAUGAUGUUUCAAAUAAUUAUUGUCAUAAUUAUCAAUGUCAUAGUGAUUUCGAUAAAAUUAGUGCUGUAUGUUUAUAUUUGUUUGGUGAGUUUUUUGGGAGUUCUGAUUUGUUUAAUUCUGUUGCAAAAGGAAACAUCAAUAUUGUUGAUUACAUUUUGAUAUGGUUAAGUUAUAUGUUAAGCCUGGACAACAAUCAAAAAAACGACAAUAUAAAUUAUUUUUAUAAUUAUCAAAUAAAUAGUCAUGAUGAGUAUAAAAAUGUAAUAAAUGGUGUUAGUGAUUAUGAGAAUUAUAAGGGUCUUAUAGAUACAAAAAGUUAUUUAAGUAUGGAUAUUAAUAUUAUAUCUAAAUUUUAUGACCCAUUUAAAUCAUUAUGUAACUUGUAUAAUGAACUUGAUGAUAACAAUAAAAAUUGCAAGAACUGUUCGGAUAAAGCUAAAGAAUUUGUUGAAAAAUAUAAAGGACUUAAUGAAGAUUCUGAUAUUACUGAUAGCAGUUCAUAUAAAAAAAUAUUGUCUACACUAUCAAAUGAUUAUGAUAAUUUAAAAAAUGAAUGUAAAGAUGCUCAAGAUAGCAAAUUUCCAGCCCUUACAGAGAUAAAUACACCACAAGAUACAGAACAACCUACUGAACAAACUGAACAAACUGGACAAAUUGGAGAAAAUGUACAAAAGUCUGAUGUUACAUCAUCAAGUUCGUCGAUAGUAAGCAAAGUAAUUCUAGCUUUAUCAAUAUUCAGUGCAAUAACAAUCUUUUUGGGAAUUUUUUUUAAGUCUUCGUUAUUUGUAUUACGGAAAAGAGCUCAAAAACAAUGUUUAAGAGAAAAGCUAAAAAAGUAA